CCCGGUCUUGUCCCCUGAAUGCAUGGACAAGGUGCCUCAAAUGUGCCGCUACGGCUACCGACAGCUUUAGCUUGCCUUUGUCCAUAAUUCAUGCCUCGUUUGAGUUAGAGGCACUCACAAGCCAAAUUCCCUUCUUCCAGCUCCAACCUCUCUCCUCAUAUUAUUAUUAUUCGACGACUCACUUCCAUUCUUCCACCCACCACCAUAUAUACAACUAAUAAGUCUAUAAAAUACACUCCUCCCCAUUCUCACCUCACCAGAAGAAAACAAACACAACUUUUCUCCUUCCGUCCCUGCAACCACAACAGAACCCAGAAGAACAAGGCCCUAAACCUUAAUCGUACUCUCUCAUCUGAAUUCCGACUCUUACACGGCUAAGUUAGUUGAGAAGAAAUGGAAGGUGGUGUUGCAUAUGAGCAAGGCUUGAACCUCAAGGCAACCGAGCUCACACUUGGAUUGCCAGGGACAGGGGAAACUGAAGGGCAAGGUGGUGUUAGAAACAACAACAAGCGACCUAUGCCUACCUCUGAGACCAAUGAAGAAGAGAGCCAAGCCCUUAAGGCUGCAGACAGAGGAAGUACUGCCCCUGCUGCUAAGUAAGUCAUUCAUACAUACAAAACUCCAGAUUUCUAGCUCUUGACUUUCCGAAUCUUAUCACUCCUUUUUUUUCCCCGCUUCCUGUUUGCUAAUGAUCUGUUCUUCGAUGUUAUGCAGGGCACAGAUUGUUGGGUGGCCACCAAUCAGAUCUUACAGGAAGAACAGCUUGCAGGAAAAGAAGGACAGUGAAGGUGAAGCUAGUGGGAUGUACGUGAAAGUAAGCAUGGAUGGUGCACCAUAUUUAAGGAAGAUUGACCUUAAGGUCUACAGAGGCUACCCUGAGCUCCUUAAAGCAUUGGAGGCCAUGUUCAAGUUCGCUGCUGGUGUCUAUUCUGAGAGAGAAGGCUACAAAGGGUCUGAGUACGUACCAACUUAUGAAGACAAAGAUGGAGACUGGAUGCUCGUUGGAGAUGUGCCAUGGGACAUGUUCAUGUCAUCCUGUAAAAGGCUGAGAAUCAUGAAAGGAUCAGAAGCAAGAGGGUUGGGUUGUGGUGUUUGAAAAUUUCCCCAGUUAAGCAGUAGCCAUAGCAUAGCAAAUCCACAGGAAGGAAAAGGCCGAGAUAUGUACUUCUUACCCAAGGAAGUAAUAUAGAGAGCUCUUUCAGCCUGGCAGGGUUUCGCCAUGGCAGAGAAGUCAUUAAAUUUCAAACGCCCCUCCGGAGGGGAGCUGCUAGAUCUCUGCAGCUGCACAAAGUAACAUGAAAGCGUGAGAAAUCAGUGUGAAGUUGGAAGUUGCGGUUUCUUCUUUAAGAGUAUGUAAGAACGGGUGAAAACAAGUUAAGAUAUAGAGAUGGUGGUGGUUUUGGGCACCCCUGUAUUUGGGUGCUAUUUUCUUGUUGGUGCUAUGUUGUGAUGUGUUUUCGUCAAAGUUCUGAAAUUUCAUAUGUGAAGCUGUUUUUUGCUUCAGUUACGUUAGAUGCAGUUCGUGUAAAUCAGUAUGUGAAUAGGAAAGAAAGAAGAACACAAGGA